CAUCUUGGGCCAAAAAAGUACGAACGACCCACCACACUUUCAGGUUCUUAGACACAGGUCGGAGCUAACCUGAACCGCACCUACGGCACGUAUGUACACUCAAGAGUUCAGAGUUUGACAUCCCCAGUCUGACAUGGCCAUAAAACCCUGGCUGAGUUUGCUAUAUGUAGCGAAGGUGAUUAGAAGAAGACAGCCCCUCCUAGACCUCGACUCUUAACCACUCCCACGACGAUCGACGAGUGAGUUCAAGUCGUGAGUUUCAGAAGAAAUCAGUUCCCGAAUCAAAGCCGGGUGUGAAGAGUUCGAAGGAAAAAAAGGUCAUGUCUUCGCGAGAUAUUGUUCCAACCAAAAGGGAUCCCUUCUUCAAGGACCCUUUCUUUUCCUCCACUUGGGAUGACUUCGACAAGAUGCGACAAGACAUGAUGGCCAAAUCCAAAGAGUUCUGGACCAAUGUGGACAAGGACUUUGCCAAUUUCGACGAUGAAGUUCGACGAACCCACACCGCAAUGGACCGCGAGAUGGUUCCGGCCUUGCCACAAGUCCCUCGAUGGGCCAUUCCUGAGGACAUGAAGACCAAAUGGUCGCCAAUGCUCUCUUCCGGCACCCAUGACGAGGUGCUGAAGGUCAACGAAAAAGGCGACAAGUUCGAGGUGACCGUGGAUGUCUCCCAAUUUAAGCCCGAGGAACUCAAGGUCACCACCAAUAACAAUAUCCUUAGCAUCGAAGGCAAGCAUGAAGAGGCUCAGAGUGAUCCCAACAAUUCGUCGUCCGUUAUGAGGCAAUUCUCGCGGAAGUGGACUUUGCCCGAAGGCUGCAAGGCUGAGGAGGUCGUCUCGAACCUGAGCUCUGACGGUAUCCUGAUGGUGACUGCGCCCAAAAAGCCUGCAUUGGGUCAAGAUGCCGCGAAGGCCAUCAAAUAAGGUCAUCAGCCAAAGCCCGUGCGCCCUAGCUCACACGUUCCAAUCAUGAGAGCCCAAAUUUGUGGGAAUGAUUAUUUUAUGUUAUGGUGCUAAAACUUUUUCUUCUUUCUCGAAAAAAGGAUCAUUAAAUGUCUUUGUGGCUGCUUUGAAAUACAACAAGACCUCUUGA